GGUCACACUGAAGCCUGCAGCUGCAUGCAGUGUGGUUCAAUGAAUAAGAAGGCAUGAUGACAUCCAAUAAAAACUUUAAAGCACCUUUAAAACAGCUGAGCAGCCUGGACAGCUACAUAAUUGACAACUCUCAAAAGAAGAAAAAUGCACUAUGGCGACGACGUUCUUUCAACAGUGCCAAAAAUUCGAACACUGAAGAGAUUAAAGAUGGGACGUUAUCACGCAGUAAGCUGCACAGAACACACUCAACAUCUCUAGUGGAUUAUACUGAUCCUCAGAGAACAAUGGUUAUAUUGGAAAAACAAGACAAUGAAGCCUUUGGAUUCGAAGUUCAGACAUAUGGUCUAAAGGUGAAGAACAGCAGUAUGGUGGAGAUGUGUACAUUUGUUUGCAGUGUGCAGGAUGGUAGUGCAGCUGAAACUGCAGGUUUGACUGCUGGUGAUAUCAUAUUGUCAGUAAAUGGAGUCAGUAUUGAGGGAUCGACCCACCAGCACAUUAUUGAAUUGAUUCGAGAAUCCACUAACAUGCUGAGGUUGGAGACAGUCAGUGGGAGUGUCGUGAAGAGAAUUGAAUUAGAGAAAAAGAUGCGCUAUCUUAAGCAAACACUUCGUGAGAAAUGGGUGGAACUGCAAUCUCUCACACUUCAGGAAAAGCGUCUCACUCGAGGUAAUCUGAAUGAGAGUGCUCAGCAUCUGUCUGUUGACUCUCUGAUGUCUCUGUCAUCUCCAACUGGCCGCUCUGGACAGCGUUUUUCCAGUGACAGCAGUUGCCGCAGCAUAAUGACAGAUGAUAGUGAGGAUGGAGCCUUCAUGUCAUCAGUGUUUGAUGACUCGAGUCCGUUCAGCCCAACUGAGCCAAAUGGAAGUUUCUUCCAGCUGGAAGCGGGGGCCUUGCGAUCUCUGACAAGAACACGCAGCAUUAGCCUGACCAGCAGUAACAGUUCACUCUCCCCGAGCUGGGAAAAUUCAUCUUCAUCCAUGUUUGGGACGCUGCCAAGGAGAGGCAGAAAAGGAAGCGUCCGUAAGCACCUUCUAAAAUUCAUACCUGGACUAAAUCACUCUGUAGAGGAAGAAGAGGGCAGCUAAAACAUAAUUUCUAACACCACUGAUUGUGGAUUAGAUAAAUCCUUUGUAAGAACCUUGGGUGGUGGGAGAUUCAUACUAGUUUGAACUUUUUUGUUCUCAAAACAUUCUAGAAUCAUGCCAUUCAAAAACUCAUGGGAAUUCAUGACUUUCCUGCUUUAAAUGUUGAUGAAAAAGGGGUGGAGUCUCACAUGAGCAUUACGGACUGCAUGGCAGCAAUCUUUGUAUUGUUUUCUGUCUCUCUUUUUUUUUUUCUGUCAAGGGACCAAAGCAUUAUGACUUCCCCAAGAUUCAGCACUGAAAUAAACAACUGGCAUUAACCAAACCUUGGAAAGUGUGUGCUGAAAAGCAACUGAGAGCAUUGAGAGAAUAUUUAGAAUUGUGCACAUUGCUUCCACUGCUCUAAAUGAGUGGUUUAGAUUUUAGUCCUGCAAGAUCAUGAAUGUGUCGUGGUUCCCACUUGAUCUUAUAUAUAACUAAUGAAGAUCUCAUAGUCUUGUAUCUGUUAUCUAUAUCUCAUACCUGUAGAUCUCAGAUCUGCUGUAGCAUGCAAAUAUGAGGGGGCUUAGUAGUCGAAGACAUAGCUGAGGAAGCCCUAACAGCACAGGCUUGUUGCUUCUUAAUGUCAAGUAUGUGCCUUGCUGUGCUCCGUAAUGUCUUCAAAUGUAAUUAACAUUUGCAUUGUGUUACGUCUUUCUUCUAAAGCCAGUUUUUAUUUAGAUUAACUUGAUGAAGCAAGAAUCUGAAAAGAAUGCAGACUACCUAAAUAAUACCAUAUCUUGUUUAAGGGUGCCUAUACUGUAGUAUUAGAGGCAGAAUUCUCUGAACCAAAUUUGAUUGGGUUGAGAUUAAAGCUUUUUUUUUUUUUUUUUUUUUUUUUUUUUU